AGUGUCGUGGUACUGUACACUAUUACUGCCACGCGAUUAUUAAUUUUUAUUAUUAUUUUUUAAUUUUAUUAAAAUAUAUAUAAUAUACUUAAUAAAUAUAUACAAAAUAUUAAUUAAUUUAUUGUUUAUUAACAAGUGUUUUUGAUAAAUAUAAAAAAUAUAUAAUUGUUGAUGUUAUUGUUAUUGUUUAUUAAUUUAUAUUUGACAAUGACAGAAUGUGAUUAAUUUAUAAAAAAAAAAAAAAGGUAGUGAAUGUUUUUUUUUUUUGCUUAUAUUGUUUUAUAAUUAUAUUAAAAUUGAGUAAUGCCACGAGGAUUAAUAACUGUUGUGGCGUCCUCCUCGUCGGUUGAAAAAAAAAUCGAGUAUUUGCCCGGGUUUUGAUGGAGAAUUGCGUCGGUAAAGAGGGCCUAGCAGAUGAUUAUUGGGAUAACACAAAAAAAGACAACAUUAUAUGCUAAUUAAAGUCUGAAUGAAUGAAUAAAUAAAUAAAAAUAAUUGUGUUAAUCAAUGAUGGGCACACCACUGAUGAUAAAAAAAAUAGUUAAAUAUCCUCUUAUGCCUGAGAUGGAGGCGAAGAGUCAUAUAGAGUGAAAGAAAGAAAUGGAUUACGAUUUAUUUGGUGAAGAUGUCAGUGGUUCGAUGCUCGAUGGACUUCCUGAUCUUGGAGGAAAUGAUCACUUUGAUCCGUCUGGUACUACAAAUCAAGUUGUAGUAUCACGUGAUGGACAAAAUACAGGACCAAAUGGCGGUGGUGGAAAUUAUCUUAAUCCACCUUACAGUAUUUCACAAGAAUCUCCAUUACAAAAAUUAACAUCAUUUGGCGGUGGUGGUGGUGGUAGUGUUAGUAGUAGCGGUGGUGGUGUAGUAGUUGGUGUACCUGGUGUACCUGUUGGUGUAGGUGUUGGUAAUAAUAAUAAUAGUAGUGUUAGUAAUAGUGGUAAUAGUUCAAGUGUUGGUGGUAAUAGUGAAUUUGGUAGUACAAAUCAAUUACAACAACAAAAUUCAACCCAACGUAAUAAUAUGUUUAAUCAAAAUUUGGGUAAUUUUGAUGGUGGUGCACCACAAAGGGCAAUGGUACCUGGUGCAUUUCAAAAUCAAGUUAGAGGUAUGACACCACAACAUCGUGGUCCUCAUCCAGGUAGUGGUAGUCAAUAUCCAAAUUAUUCGGAUAAUAUGUACUCAAUGGAACAGCAGCAUCCAAUGGCACGUUCCAAUAUGGGUCUUGAUCCAAAUAUGCAAGGAUGGCCUGGUAGCAGUGGUACUUAUUCACAAUUACAAAGGCAUUAUAAUCAAAUGGCACCACAACCAAGUGCUUAUUCUAGACAACAUAUGCCACAAUAUUCACAACAUCAACAAGAACAAGCUGGUAUUAAUCAAAAAUUACAGCAACAACAACAGCAAGCUCAACAACAGCAAGCACAACAACAAGCACAACAUUUUGCUGGACAACAAGGUAUGCUUGGUAGUAUGGGUGUAACACAUCAAGCAAUGCAACCUGGUUCAUCUGCAAGUGUUUAUCAACAUAUGGUUGGACAACAACAACAACAACAACAGCAUUAUCAACAAGCAAAUCCAAGUGCAAUGUAUCAAGCAACAAGUGGUUAUAGUGGUUUUGCAUCAAUGCAUCAACAACAAGCACAACAACAACAACAACAACAACCGGCACCUCCACCACCACAAUCACAAAGAAUGCCACAUCAUCAUCCGUCCCAUGCGACACAUCAACCACAUCCGUCGCAUCCACAAUAUCCACAACAACAUCCAGUUAAUCAACAACAACAACAACAGUCAAUGGAUCCACAACAGUAUCCACAUCAUACUCCACCAAUGUUUAAUCAACCACAUCCUGGAUCAGGACAUCCAGUACCACCAACUGGACAUCCACAAGGUAGUCAAUUUGCACCACCAACAAAACAUGCAACAAGUCCACAAUAUCGUGCUGCAUUUCCUCAAUUAUCACCACAAAUGUCACCAAGACCACAAAUGUCACCUCGUCCACCAGCAGUACAACAACAAAUGUCACCAAGACCAAUAAUGUCACCAGCAAAACCAACAACAUUAUCACCACAUCCACAUGUACAAAUGCCACAUCAACAACAAACUGGUUCACAAUCAGCAGCUGUAACUGUAUCACCAAGUUCAUUAUCAAUGAUACCACCAACAACAAAUUCACAACAAACAACAUUACAAGCACUUGAACAAAUGGUUAUACCUGGUGGUUUACCAGUAUCAAAUUCAUCAAUUGUACCUGGUCCAGAUUAUUCACAAUUUUCAUCAAGACAAUCGUCAACAAUGUCACAUCCAUCAAAUUUAAUGCCACAACAACAAACAAAUUCACAAAAUUCAAUGCCACCAAUUACUGGACCAAGAAUGCCAAUGGCAAAUCAAUGGCCAUUACAACCACCACCUCAACAGGUACCACAACAAAUACCUCCACCUCAAAUACCAUUGGUGCCACAAUUACCACCACCAGCACCACCACCUCCAUUAGCUUCACAACAACAAUCUCAGCCACAAAUUAGACCAAAUAUGGGAUUAAAUGAAAGAAGUCUUUUGGAGCAACAACAACAACAACAACAACAACAGCAGCAGCAGCAGCAAGAACAAGCACAUAGACUUCAACAUCAACAACAACAACAAGAACAACAAAGACUACAAGAACAACAAAGACUGCAAGAACAACAAAGACAACAAGAACAACAACGUCAACAACAAGAACAACAACGCCAACAACAAGAGCAACAGCGUCAACAACAAGAACAUCAAAGACAACAACAGCAACAACAAGAACAUCAGCGACAACAACAGCAACAACGUGAGCAACAACAUCAUCAUCAGCAACAGCAACAAGAACAACAACGUCAACAGCAACAGCAGCAACAACAACUGCAACAGCAACAGCAGCAACAACAACAAUUGCAACAGCAACAACAGCAGCAGCAACAUCAACAACAACAACAACAAGCUGUUGUUCCUCCAACGAUUGAACCAAUUCCUGUACCUUCAAUUCAACCACAACCAUCAUUAUUUCCAGUUAAUGGUAAUGAAAAUUUGCAUGGUAUUGUUGAAACAACAACAAGAGAAGUAGAUAAUAUUCCUUCACCAAAUUUAUUACUACCACCGGUGAUACAACAACAACAGCAACAAGAAUCAGAUACAAUUGAUCAACAACAAUUAAUUAAAAAUAACAGUGAAUUAUUGAGUGAUGAUAAUUCAGUAUUAAAUAAUUCACAAGUUAAUAAUUUACAAAUUGAACAACCCAAUUUGUCACUUAGACAAUCACCAAUUGAAUCAGUACAAUCAUUGCCAGCAUCAAGUACAAGUGGUAAUAUUGAAUGUAGUACACCAUCACCAAUAAUGCCAAUACCACAAUCAGUACAAGUUGUUCCAGCUUUAUCAACUGAUAAUGAAGCUACAAAUAUACAAAUUGAUAAUCAAUCACCAGAAAUAAAUACAUCACAACAUGUACCAAUGGAAUUACCAUUAAUACAACCAUCACAAACACAACCACAACAACCAUUACCAUUACCAGAGCAACAACAACCACAACAACAAUCACCAACAAUACAAUUUCAUGAUCAAUCAAUGAGUGAAAGUGUAACACCAAUAAAUCAAUCUCAACAGCCAACGAUAAAUCAAUCACAAGUACAAUUUACAGAAACACAAUCUAUCCAACAAUCAUCACAAUUAUCACCACCAGUGAGUCAACCACAAUUAAUACAAGAACAAGCAUUGGCAAUUAAUCAAAGUCCAGUUCAAGUAAAUCAACAAUCUCCUACUCAACAAAUUGUUAACAAUCAAAAUAUACAAGUACCACAACAACAAUUAACACCUCCAGCUCCAAUAAUACCACAAGCACAAACUGGAAUAAUUGAUUCAUCACCAAUGAUUAGCCAACAACAAAUUAAUAUGAUACCACCAAUUCAAACAAGUCCAAUUCAACCACCAGCAAUAAUAACAAAUCAAGCACAAGUACCACCAUCACCUGCAGUUGUAUCACAAAUAGUAAAUAAUCCACCAUUAAUACCACAACCACCACCACCACCUCAUCAUGUACAGCCUGGUUUUAGUGAAUAUAAUAAUAUUCAAAAAUCAAAUAUAUAUCAAAAUGAUAUGAUUGCUGGUUCUGGACAAAAUUAUCAUGCAAAUAGUACAAAUACAAAUGAUAUGCAAAAUGUAUAUGGUAUACAAUCAUCAACAACACCAGUUGGUGUAACACCAUUUAUUAAUACAAUAAAUUCACCAAUAACACAUCAUCAAGAACGUGCUGCAUUACAACAACAAUUACAAGAAUUAUUUUGUAUGCCACAAGCAUUAGAAAAUCAAGAAAAAAUUGUUGCAUUACAAGAAAAAUUACAAGCAUUACAACAACAUGAAACAAAUGAACAAUGUAAUGGUGGACCACAAUGUAUAUUAUUAACACCAUUAUUUACACCAACAACAAUUGUUGAUAGUCCACAAGUAUCAAGUACAACUGGUAGAGGACGUAGUAAAGGUGGUGCAAGAAAUAAAAAAAAUAGAAAUAAAAAAACAGAUAAAGAAGUUAUACAACCAAUUAUAAAUCAACCAAUAACAUCACAACCAGAACAACCAGUAUCUGAUAAUUUAGUAACACCUGGUGAUAGUAGUGAUAUUAUUGAUAGUGUUGCUGAUUCAGAAGAUAAUAAACCAUCAUCUGGUGGUGAUAUGGAAGAAGAAUGGAAUAGUAAAACAAGAAAAUCACGUGUACCAAGAAAACCAAGAAAACCAAAAGAACCAAAAGAACCCAAAGAAAAUAUUAAAAAUAAAAAAGAACCUAAACAACCGAAAGAAAUAAAAUCACCAAAAGGUAGAAAAAAAAGAGAUAAAGAUACAACAACAUCAUCAACAACAACAACACGUGAAAGUACAAAACGUGGUAGAAAAAAAGUUAUACAAUCAGAUUCAGCUGAUGAUGAAUUAUUAAAUGAUAAUGAUGAUAUUAUAACUGAAUCAUCAACAUCAUUAAAUGAUGAUACAGAUAUUAAUAAUAAAUUAAAUGAUAAUCCAAUACAAGAUGAUCAAGAACAUGUUGAUUCAUCAACAACUGAAUUAAUAACAAAUGAUAAUAAUAAAAAUGAUGAUGAUGAUGAUAAAAUUGAUAAUGAAGAAAUUAAUAAUGAUGAUGAUAAUAAUAAAAAAGAUGAUACAACAAUUGAAACAACAUCAGCAACAACAUCAUCAUCAGGAACAACAGCUAAAAAGAAAGCAACACGUAAACGUUCAGUUGGUAGUAAAACAACAGCAGUACGUACACCAAGAAGUUCAAAAAAACGUAAAAGUAGAAUUGCACCAGAUUCAGAUGGUGAAGAACUUGCAACAACACCACCACCAUCACCAGAAGCUGAUGAUGCUAAUAAACGUAGAUCAGCUAGAAAUACACAUCGUAAAAAAUAUGUUGAUGAUGUUAUGUUAAGAUUUUCAGAUGAUGAUGUACCAGUUACAGAUUCACCAACUAAAAAAAGUGAUGGUACAUCAUCAAAAACAAGUUCAACUAAAAAAGAAACACCUGAAGGUGGUGAUGUUGGUCCAAAUAAACCAAAUUUUGUUUAUAUUAAUACAACUGAUGAGGAUUCAAUGGUUGUACAGCAUAUAUUAUGUAUGAGAAUGGGUAAACGUGAAAUAAAACCACCACCACCAGUUGUUGUUGAGACUAAAACUGAAAUUACUGAAAAUGCUGAUGAAAAAACUGAUGAUAAAAAGUUGGAUGAAAAAGAAAAAGAUGGUGAAAGUGAAACGAAUAAAGAUAAAGAUAAUGAUAAUGUAGAUAAUGAAGAUAAUGAAAAAGAAAAAGAAGAUGAAAAAAUUAAAACUGAUGAAAAUUCUGAAAUUAAAGAAGAUGAUUCUUUGAUUAAAGAAAAAGAAAAAUUGGCUGAAAAAGAUGAUGAUGAUAAUGAUGAUCAUGAUCUUGAUGCUAAUGCUGAUGAUGAGGAAAAAGAAAAAGAAACAACAACAGAAAAUAAAGAAGAAAAAGAACAAGAAGAAGAAGAAGAAAAUAAAGAAAAAGAACAAGAUAAAAGUAAAGAAAUAGAAAAAGAAAGUGACGAAACUAAAACUGAAGUUGAAAGUAAUAAAAUUGAAACUGAAAAAAUGGAAGUUGAAGAUGAAAAUAAUGAUGAGGAUGAUGACGAUGAUGAUAAAGACAACAAUGAUAUUGAAAUGAAAGAAACAAAUGAUAAUGUUGAUAAUAAUGAUGAAGAAGAAGAAAAAAUUAUAAAAGAUGAUGAAAAAUCAUCAUCAAAUGAUGAUAAUAAUGAUGCUGAGAAAAAAAUUACUGAAAAUGAAAAUAAAAAUGAUAAUGUUAACAAAGUAACAACAAAUGAUGAUAAUAAUACAACUGAUACAUCAGCUGUUGUUGAUGUAAAACCACAAACAAUUGAAGUUGAAGAAUAUCUUGUUAAAUAUAGAAAUUUUUCAUAUUUACAUUGUGAAUGGCGUACUGAAGAAGAACUAUAUAAAGGUGAUAAAAGAAUACAAGCAAAAUUAAAAAGAUUUAAACAAAAACAACAACAAAAUACAAAUAUAUUUGAAAAUACUGAAGAAGAUCCAUUUAAUCCAGAUUUUGUUGAAGUUGAUAGAGUAUUAGAUGAAGCAACUCAUACUGAUCCAACAACAAAUGAAACAGUACGUCAUUUUUUGGUUAAAUGGAGAUCAUUACAAUAUGAAGAUUCAACAUGGGAACUUGAAGAAGAUGUUGAUCCAGAAAAAAUAUUACAAUUUCGUAGAUUUAAUAAAUUACCAACAAAAGAUCAAUGGAAAGGUAAAAAAAAACCAAAUUCAUCAUUAUGGCAAAAACUUGAUGAAUCACCAGUAUAUAAAGGUGGUAAUACAUUAAGACCAUAUCAACUUGAAGGUUUAAAUUGGUUAUUAUUUUCAUGGUAUAAUUCUCAUAAUUGUAUAUUAGCUGAUGAAAUGGGUCUUGGUAAAACAAUUCAAUCAUUAACAUUUGUACAUGCUGUACAUAAAUAUGGUAUACGUGGUCCAUUUUUAAUAAUAGCACCAUUAUCAACAAUACCAAAUUGGCAAAGAGAAUUUGAAAGUUGGACAGAUUUAAAUGUUGUUGUUUAUCAUGGUUCAGCAGCAAGUAGAACAAUGCUACAAGAAUAUGAAGUAUAUUAUAAAAAUGAUAAAAAACAACAAAUUAAAGAUUUAAUAAAAUUUAAUGUAUUAAUAACAACAUUUGAAAUAAUAAUAACUGAUUUUAAUGAAUUAAAAGGUUAUAAUUGGCGUUUAUGUGUUAUUGAUGAAGCACAUAGAUUAAAAAAUCGUAAUUGUAAAUUACUUGAAGGUUUACGACAACUUAAUUUAGAACAUCGUGUAUUAUUAUCUGGUACACCAUUACAAAAUAAUGUUAAUGAACUAUUUUCAUUAUUAAAUUUUUUAGAACCAACACAAUUUGCAAGUAAUGAAGCAUUUUUAAAAGAAUUUGGUAAUUUAAGUUGUGAAAGUGAAGUUAAUAAAUUACAAUUAUUAUUAAAACCAAUGAUGUUAAGACGUUUAAAAGAAGAUGUUGAAAAAUCAUUAGCACCAAAAGAAGAAACAGUUGUUGAAGUUGAAUUAACAAAUAUACAAAAAAAAUAUUAUCGUGGUAUAUUAGAAAGAAAUUUUUCAUUUUUAUCAAAAGGUACAACAUCAGCAAAUAUACCAAAUUUAAUGAAUACAAUGAUGGAAUUACGUAAAUGUUGUAUACAUCCAUUUUUAUUAAAUGGUGCUGAAGAACAAAUACAAAUGGAAUAUAAAACAGUUGAUCGUGAAGAUUCAGAUGCAUAUUUUCAUGCAUUAGUUAAUAGUUCUGGUAAAAUGGUAUUAAUUGAUAAAUUAUUACCAAAAUUAAAAGCAAGUGGACAUCGUGUAUUGGUAUUUAGUCAAAUGGUUAAAUGUCUUGAUUUACUUGAAGAUUAUUUAUUAUAUAAAAAAUAUCCAUUUGAACGUAUUGAUGGAAGAAUACGUGGUAAUUUACGUCAAGCAGCAAUUGAUCGUUAUAGUAAACCAGAUUCAGAUAGAUUUGUAUUUUUAUUAUGUACAAAAGCUGGUGGUCUUGGUAUUAAUUUAACUGCUGCUGAUACUGUUAUAAUAUAUGAUAGUGAUUGGAAUCCACAAAAUGAUUUACAAGCACAAGCAAGAUGUCAUAGAAUUGGACAACAAAAAAUGGUUAAAGUAUAUCGUUUAUUAUGUCGUAAUACAUAUGAACGUGAAAUGUUUGAUAAAGCAUCAUUAAAACUUGGUCUUGAUAAAGCAAUAUUACAAUCAAUGAAUACAGCACAAGGUGGUAAAGAUCCAAAUAAUAAACAAUUAACUAAAAAAGAAAUUGAAGAUUUAUUAAAAAAAGGUGCAUAUGGUGCUAUUAUGGAUGAUGAUAAUGCUGGUGAUAAAUUUUGUGAAGAAGAUAUUGAACAAAUACUUGAAAGACGUACACAAGUUAUUACAAUUGAAGCUGAAAAAGGUUCAACAUUUUCAAAAGCAAGUUUUGCAUGUUCAUUAAAUAGAACAGAUAUUAAUAUUGAUGAUCCUGAUUUUUGGAAAAAAUGGGCUAAAAAAGCUGAAAUUGAUACUACUGAAAAAAAAGAAGAAGAAGAUCUUGUUAUAUCUGAACCACGUAGACGUACACAAAUUAAACGUUAUGGACAUGAUGAAUCUGUUGUUGAUAUGUCAGAACUUGAUAGUUCUGAUGAUAGUGAUGAUGAAAAUACUGGAUUAUCAGGUAGAGGCAAAAAACGACGUGAUAAAUUUGGCAAAAAAAAUCGUAAAUAUUGUGAUGAAUAUGUACCACGUGAGGGUGAAGUUGCAUAUGGAAGUUGGGCAAGAAGUGAAUGUUUUAAAGUUGAAAGAGGUUUAUUAACAUUUGGCUGGGGUAGAUGGGAUGAAAUAUUAUUAAGUAGUCAAUUUCGUCGUGGAUGGCGUGAAAUUGAUGUUGAAGAUUGUGCACGUGUUAUAUUAUUAUAUUGUUUACGUUAUUAUCGUGGUGAUGAAAAAAUACGUACAUUUAUAUGGGAUUUAAUAACACCAUUAGAAAAUGGUGAAAAAAUUAAAACAAUAACAAUUGCACAAGCUAAUAGAAAUAGUAGACAAAAGAAAAAAUCAACACGUGUUAGAGAUGUUAUUAGUACAAGAGAUACACGUGGUAGAACAGAUAUUGUUAAUGAAGGACCAAUUGAUCCAAAUCAUUGGAGUCAUGCUGAAAAAUAUGAUGGUGAUAUAUUUCUUGAAAGUACAUAUAAAAAACAUCUUAGUCGUCAUGCAACAAAAGUUUUAUUGAGAGUAAGAAUGUUGUACUACAUCAAACAUGAAAUUAUUGGUGAUCUUGUUCAACAUAUUUCUGAAGGAGUUCAUGUCAGUGCGUUGCGGAUAGAUCCUCCGCAGUUACCGGAUCGACCAACCAAAUGGUGGGAUGCAAUGGCAGACAAAUCGCUAAUUGUCGGCUGCUACAAACAUGGAUAUGACAAUUAUGACCAGAUGAGAGCUGAUCCCACGCUUUCUUUCAUUUCAAGCUGCCCUCUCCCUUCCCCGAUACAGACCAACCAAACUGAACAACCAAAGGAGGAACUUGCUGAUCAAGAAAUUGAAGAUGGCGAAUCAUCAUCUCUUACAAUUAAAGAAAUAAAAGAUGUUGAUAAAAUUGGUGAUACACCAACAGAUUCACCAUCAGUAUCAAGUGGUACACCAAUACCAGAAACAAGUGGUAGUCAUGAUGGUAUUGAUUUAACUCAUGAAGAUGAUAAAACAUGGCCAUCUGUUGUUGAUUUAAAUACACGUUUACGAAGAGUUAUAUCAUCAUAUCAAAGAAAUGUUAAUAUACCAAUACCAAUUAAUAAAAAAGAUGAAAUUAUUAAAAAUUUACCUAAAAUAAGUGGUUUAAAUAAAGCUAUGGAAAUUGAAAUAACAAAUCAAACUGGUUCAACACAAACAUCAACAACAACAACAUCAUCUGGUACUGAUCCACCAUUAAAUAUGCAAGGAUGGGAUUUACAACAACUUGCUAUGUAUAUUUUGAAAAUGGAAAGACGUGAAAAAAUGGAAACAAUGGCUAAAGAACAACGUACAAGAAUUGAAGAACCAAAAGCAAGAUGGACUCGACGUGAAGAAAAUGAAUUUUUACGUGUUGUAUCAACAUAUGGUGUUAAUUAUGAUAGAAAAAAAGCACAAUAUGAUUGGACAAAAUUUAAAACAAUUGCUAGAUUUGAUAAAAAAAGUGAUAAUGAUUUAACUGAUUAUUACAUGGCUUUUAGAACAAUGUGUAAAAAAGUAUGUAAUUCUAAAAAUAAUGAAGAUGAUAAUUCAUAUAAUAUACCAGUUGAUCAUUUAAGUCCAAAUAGAGCACGUCAAAUAUUAGAUCGUGUUGAUUUAUUAAGUAAAAUACGUGAAGAAAUAUUAUCACAUCCACAUCUUGAAGAACGUUUAUCACUUUGUCAACCAUCUGGUGAUACACCUGAUUGGUGGAUAACUGGUAAACAUGAUAAAGAAUUACUUCUUGGUGCAGCAAAACAUGGUCUUGGUCGUACUGAUAUUACAAUAUUAAAUGAUCCAGAUUUUUCAUUUAAUAAAAUUAUUAGUAAAACAUUAUUUGGUAAUCAAUCAUUAAUGAUGAAAGCAUUUGAAAAACAAAAUGAUAAAGCAAUUAAAAUUGAAAAUAGAGAUGAUAUAUUAAAAUUUGAUAAAGAUGAAAUACUUGUUAAACUUGAAAAAGGUGAAGGUACAUUAAAAAUUGAAAAAGUUGCUAUGAAAAAAGAUAAAGAUAUUGUUACAAUUGAUGAUGAUGAUGAUAAUAAUGAUGAUAAUAAAGAACAUGUUGAAUUAACAAUUGUUAAAUCGGAAAAUAAAAAUAAUGAUGAUAAAACAACAACACCAAGUUCAUUAAUAAUAACUUCAAUACCUGCUAAAUCACCAGAGCCAGAAAAAUCAUCAGCAGAUACUCCAAUUGAGACUGAAAAAAUUGAAAAAAUAACUGAUAAAAAUGAUGAUGUUGAUGGUGAUGUUAUUGAGCCUGAAAAAGAACAAGAGAAAGAAAAAGAAAAAGAUGAUGAAAAGGUAGAUGAAAAAGAGGAUGAAAAAGAACAAGAACAAAAAUGUGAUACUGAUGAUAAUGAUGAUAAAGAAAAAGAAGAAAAAAAUAAUAAUUCAUGUGAAGAAAAAGAAGAAAUAAAUAAAGAAACUAUUGUUGAAGCUACUAAAGUUGAUGAUGAAAAAAUUGUUGAUAAACCAGCUGACAAUAAUGAUAAAGAAAAUGAUAAAGAUAAUAAAAAUAUUGAUGAUGAAAAUGAAAAAGAAGAAGAGGAGAAAACAGAUGAUCAGGAAAAAGACAAAGAAGAAGUAGAAAAUAUUGAAGAAAAACAAGAAGAAAAAGAUAAGAAAGAAGAAUUGACAAAUGAAGAAAAUGUAAAUAUGGAAGAAGAUAAAGAGGAUGAAAAAGAAAUUGAAAAAGAAGCUGUAACAACAAGUGAGCAUAAAGAUGAUAAUACUGAAGAAACUAAAGUCAUUGAAGAAAAAUCUACUGAUGAUAAUAAUACAGAAGAAGAAGAAAAAGAUGAAAAAAUGAAUGAAGAAAAACAAGUUUCUGAAGAAAAAGAUGAAGAUAAAAAAACAGUAGAUGAAGAAAAAAUUGAAUCAAUUGUUAAUGAAAAAGAAGAAGAAGAAAAAAUGGAAACAUCAACUGUUAGUGUUGAAAAAACUAGUGAUGAAGAUGUUGCUGAAAAAAUAAAAGAUUCAGAUGCAAUUGUUGAAGCUGACGAUAAAACAAAAGAAACAGAUGAAAAAAUAGAAAUUGAUAAAGAAAAAGAAUUGACAGAAGAUGAAAAAAUGGAAACUAAUGAAACAGAUAAAUCAAUUACAACUGUUGAUGAUGAAAAAUCAGCUGAAAAUGAUGAUAAAAAAUCAGAAGAAUCAAUUGAUUCUGAAGUUGUAUCAAAACAAUCUGAUGAAUCAAAAAUUGACGCUAAAAUUGAUGAAGAAAAAUCAUCAGAAACAGAACAAACAACUGUUGCUAUUAAGAGCGAAACAAUUGACAUAAAAGAACAACAAUCUGAUGAAAAAAUUGAAAAAAUAAUUCCAAAAAUUCCAAAAAUUGAAGAUAAAUGUAGUGUACAAGCAGCUGAAUUAAAAGCAAUGUUUCCAGAUUUAGAAGUUAUACAGCCAUUAUCACGUUUACCACAAAUUGAUACAUUUGUACUUCGUGAUAAGCCAAUUGAUUAUAAUGAGCCAACAGUUGCUCAAAUAUUAGCACAAACUUAUCAAUCAUCAAUAAAAUGGCCAAAAGAACAUGCAAUUGAAGCACGUUUAUUACAUAUUGUUCAUGCAAUUGAGCAUAAAGAAUGGCCAGUAUCAACAAACUUUACAGCUGGUGAUGAAAUUGAAAUAAUACAAAAUGAAAAAGAUAAUUCUGAAGUAAUAACAAUAACAACUGAUCAUGGUGGUGUAUCACGUGCAAUUGCAGCACAACAACAUCAACAACAACAGUUGCAACAACAGCAACAGCAACAUCAUCACCAUCAACAACAACAUCAUCAUCAACAACAGCAGCAUCAACAACAGAUGCAACAACAACAAAUGCAACAACAACAGUUGCAACAAUUACAACAACAGCAACAAAUUGCAAAUAAUAUUGCUGCUGCAUCUAAAAAACGUAAAAGACAUAUUGCAAUUGAUGUUGAAACAGAAAGAGCAAAAUUACAUGCAUUAUUAAAUAGUACACAUGUUACACAACCACCACCAACACUUAGUAAACCAUCUGUAUUAUCUGGUUCUUGGGAUUUGACUGAUGAUACUCAAACCGAAGAAUCAAGAAGAUCAACAUCAUUACAACCACCACCAGCACAUCAACAAACACGUACACCAUCAGUACCAUUUGAUAUUAAAUAUACUGUACCUGGUAAAACAACAAUAAUACCUGGUACAUCAAGUACACUAACACCAAUUGAUUUAUCAUCUGGUUAUACUAAAACACCAACAAUAAUAAAUGAAAUAAAUAAAGAUAUUAUGAAUGAAGUACAAGAUUUUUCAAUGCCAACUAAAAAUAAACAACAACAGCAUCAACAACCACAACAACAGCAACAACAACAACAGCCACUAUCAGCACCAAGUAGUAAUAAAGGUAAACUUGAUAGUAUGUUGGAUAAAUUAAUGAAAAGAAAAAAUUGUCCAGUUGAUGAACAACAGCCAGUUAUUGGUAAAGAAAAGAAACGUAGAAAACUUGAUGAAAUUGUAUUGGGUUUAAGUGCUGCCAAAGAACAACAAGGUGGUAGUAGUAGUAGUAAUAAUAACAACAACAAUAAUAACAACAAUAAUAAUAAUUCUGGUAAUAAUCAUUAUCCAGAAUUAAAUAAAAAGAGUACAAUAACACCAAAUGUAACAGUAACACCAACAUCUGGUCCAAUUGGUAUGCAAAAUCAAUCAGCAUCAGUACAAAAACCAUUUUCAAUAACUGUUACAUCAAUACCAUCAUCAAGAUCAUCUGGUACAUCAAAUACCCAACAACAACAACAGCAACAACAACAAUCACCAUUAUCUUUACAUUCAAAUAAAGAUCAUUUUUCAGCAUUACUUGCACAAGCUGAAGCACAAACACGUGAUUUAAAGAAACAACAACAACAACAGCAACAACAUCAACAUCAACAACAACAAUUACAUCAAGCACAUGCAAAUCAACAACAACAAUUACAACAACAAUUACAACAACAAGCAUUUAAUUCAGCUCAUAUGUCAUCAAGUAGUAGUCAUAGAAAAAGUUAUGAAGCAAUGAUUGCUGAUAUAAAUAAAGUUGCUGAAUAUUCAUCUAAAAUUGGACCAUAUUCACAUGAAGCUAAAGUUAAUAAAUGGCUUGCUGAACAAACAGCAAUGUCAGAACAAUUAAGUGCUGAAUAUUUAAAUGCACCAAGAAGACGUAGACCACGUGUUGAUCCAUCAUUACUUGAUUGGAAAAAAUUAACUGGUGAAGAAAAUGUUACUGUUAUUAAUAGAUCAACUGGUAAAAAAGUAACUGGUAGUAAAGCACCACAAUUAAAACGUUUAACAUCAUGGUUAUUAGAUAAUCCAUCAUAUGAUGUUGAUCCAAAAUGGGCUGAACUUGUUAAAGAACGUGGUAAUUUACCUUAUGAUUUACAAAAACGUUUACAAGGUAAUGAACGUACUAGUAGUAGUGGUGGUGGAGGUGGUGGUGGAAGUAGUAGUGGUGCUGGUGGCGGUGGUGGUAGUAGUGGAGGAGGUGGAGGAGGUAGCAGUGGUGGUGGUGGUAAUAGUAAAAAUAAUAAAUCAUCAAGUAGCAAUAGACCACCAAUGAUGCCAAGUCCAACAAAUCAACAAUCAUCAAAUCAACAAAAUUUAUCAGCAGCAGCAUCAUCAAUGGCAUCACAAUUAAAUUUUCCUGGUUUAGGAAAUAUAAAUAGUUCAUUAUUAUCUGGUUUAUCAUUGGGUAAUUUUGAUCCAAAAAAUAAUCCAUUAUUAAUGCCAUUUGGUGGUUUACCAAAUUUAGGUGCACUUGGUGGUUUAGGUAAUCUUGGUAAUUUAAGUAAUAUGAGUUUAACAAAUUCAUUAUUUGCAAAUCUUGCUGGUUUGGGUUUACCAUCAUUAGCUGGUAUGGAAGCAGCACUUGGUGCAUCAUCAUCAUCAACAGCAACAAAUUCCAUUGAUACAAAUCCAAUAAAUUCAAUGAGUAAAAAUUCAAAUUCAACAAAUACAAGUAAUAGUAAUAGUAAUAAUAAUAACAAUAAUAAUAAUAAUUCAAGUAAAUCAUCACGUAAUAAAAUGGAACCACCAAUAAAUAAAUCAUCAAUGCCAUCAACAUCAUCGGCAUCAACAACUUCAUCAUCGUCAUCAUCACAAUUACCUCAAACAUCAUCAUUUCCAUUUUUCUUUCCUAAUCCAAGUUUGCUGUAUACACCAAUUGGUCUUGGUGGUUUAAAUCCAUUCCCAAUGCAAGGUGGUAUAUCAUCAGCAUAUGAAAGUUUAGCACAAUGUGGUUUAUUAAAUCCACCAACAACAUCAACACAACAACAACAACAAUCAUCAUCAAGAAAAUCAAAUUCUUCAUCAUCAAAUAAUUCACGACAACAACGUAAUUCUGAUAUAACAUCUGGUGAUACAUCAUCAUCAUCAUCAAAACGUAAAGAUAAUGAUAAAAAACAAUCAUCAUCAUCGUCAUCUUCGUCAUUGGCAAGAUAUCAUGCUGAUCAAGCAAUGGCAAUGCAACAAUAUAGUGAAUUAGCAAUGCAUGAAGAACGUAGACGUGUUGCUGCUGAAUUAGAUAAAAAUAAAUCAGAAGCAAUUGAAUUAUCUGAAAUUGCUGAUUUAUCAGCACGUAUUGAACGUAAAACAAAAGAACAAGAAUUAAAAGAAGUACUUGAUCAAUUAAGUAGAACAAGUGCUGAAUUAGUAACACGUAAUAUUGAUGAUAUAAGACCACAUAAAAGAAGUAGAAUAAAUGAACAAACAAUACAAGAUUGUGUACCAUCAUCAUUAGAAGUAACACUUGAACCAAUUAAUAAAAAAUCACGUCAUAAUGAAAAUGAAUUAAGUUCAAAAGCAUCAUCAUCAUCAGCAACAAGUGAUGGUGGUAAUAAUGAUAUUGAUAUGACACCAAUAAGAUUAAAUAUUAAAACACCAUCAUCAACACCAGCAUCAACACCACAACCAACACCAGCAUCAACACCAACACCAACAGCAACAGCAACAACAACAAUUAUACAAACAGAUAUUAAACAAUCAUCAUCAUCAUCAUUACAAGAUGAUAAUACGCUCAAUACAUCAAAUAAUAGUAAUAAAGAAUCAACAAAUGAUUCAUCAAUACAAGAUGAUACAACAAGUGGUGCUAAAAUUGAUACAAAUAAAUUAUUAUCAGUAACAGAUACUGAUGAUGAUAAUAAAGUUAAAAUACAAUCUAAAAAAUCAAGAAGUGGAAAGAGAGUAAGUAUUGAACCACCAGUUGAAAGAAAAAAUCUUCGUUCAAGUGCUGGAAGACAAGCAAGAGCUGCUGCUGAACGUCAAGCAAGAAUGGAAGGUGAACAACAACAACAGCAACAACAAGCUGAACAAGAUGCUCAAUCUGGCGAGUGAAGAAACUCUCAUCUCUUUUCUCUCCAGUAAUUAUCAUUUAUAAUGCUACACAAAAUUUUGUGUAUUCGCACGCGUGUGUUUGUGUUUGUAUGUUUGUGAAACAGUGACAAAAAAAAAAAAGACUACGUGUUUUAUAUGUAGUGAGUUUAAAUAAUAUAAAAUUUUAAUGAUAGACACUAACUUCAUCUAGACAUGGUCUUUGGAUGCAGGCCAUUGUUUAAAUGAUACUUGUGCUACGAUGAAAAAUAAAUUAAAGUGAAAACGCAAUAGUAUUUUGUGGUUUAAUACUAUUUGUGUUGUAGUUAUAAUAAUAUUAAUAUAAUAAUUAUAAUAAUUAAGUAACAAAAUAUAGUAGUUAAAAUAAUUAAUGAAAUUUUGUUAAUUCAAUUUUAUGAUAAUACUUUUUUUUUUUUUUUUCUUUAUUGUCUUGAUUACUUAUAUAUAUAAAUAUAUAUUAUUUCUCUUUUUUUUUUUUCUUUUCAUAAAUAAUUUUUUUCCCGAUCUUAUACAUAAUACCUAUUUUUUAACAUUAGAUUUUUUUCUUUUUUUUUUUUGAUUAAAUAUAAAAUUUUUUUUUUUUGUCGAUCUUAUUGGUUUUUGACCGGGGACUGUUUUAUAUACUGCUAAAAUAAUAAUGUUUAUUAAAUCGCAUAAUAUUGUAAUCAAUAAAUAAUUAUAAAAUAAAUAAAAUUUAAAAAAAAUAAAAAGUUUUUA